AUGUCCAUCAUAAUAUAUCCUAAUGUUUGUUUGCUUACAUUGAUGGAAACAUUUACAAAUAUAAAUAAUACUUUAAUAUAAUAAUUAGUGUUGAAGGCAUUCUAUAAUUCAAUCACCAAAUUUUCUGAUCUACUUUUCAGUAUAAAAAUAAAGCAAAUGCAACUCAGGACAAGAAUACAUAAAAAUCCCACUGAAAUGUAUGUUAAUAUAGCUGUAUUUUCUAUCAGUGUAUUGGGUCUUGAUAACAUAGUUAUUAAAUCCAAUUCUGAAGUAGUACUGAAAGCCUUGUAACUAGAAGAUAUAUUAAUGUAGGCUAGAUUUUGCAAUUCAUUAAUUACGCCUAAAGCGAAUGAUAUCAUCAAAGGCAAACUCCAAAUAAAUUGUUCCAAAAUUAAAGCACCUUGAACAAAGAGAGAAAUCUGGUUGA